AUGGAGAUCGACAAGGGACACACGUCUUUGCGUAGAGGAGUGAGCUGGAGCGCAGGAGGGUUGGCAAAACCUAUCCAGGCAGCACAGGCCACCACUGUGGAGGAGUGCACAACACAUGAAACCACUGGACUCAACACGGAACAGAUGAGAAGCAAAACAAAUCUAACCAGGAGCGUCAGCUUAUCUGAGAAGGAGCUAAAGGAGGCCCGCCUGAAAAGUCACAUCAUUGCAGCUCAGCUCACUGUGCCAAGCAACUCCAGCUCCAGAGGUGUGCAACUUUUCAACCGGCGCAAGCAGAGGGUCAGCGCCUUUACACUGGAAAGCAGUAGAGGGGGGUCAAAGGAGGCCAUAACCGGGAAUGUAAAACCCAAUGUGUCAUGUAGCAAACUAACAUGGGCAGAGAGAAGUCGUGAGGAAAAGGACCGAGACUUGAACCACAAGAAUUGCACUACCAGCCCACUACUCGUGUCUACUAGGAGUAUACAAGCAAAAGGUGACACCAUGGAGGAACAAGGUGACCAUUGUGGCAAAGAGGAUGUCACUGAACACAAAAUUAUCCAAGAAAGACAUUUCCUCCCUGUAAAGGAAAUAGAUGAGCAGGAGGAGCCAGAAAGCGAUACAGUCCAUGAACUUGAAGACAAAGUCAAGGAUGAUCUUCCGCCCGAAAGAGAAACCAGUAAUCCAAUUGUGAUGACUCUUAUGGAGAAUGAUGCAGCAAUGAAUGGGGGUCACACAGCACCACCUGCCCUUGAAAAUCUUGCUAAUGGCUGCCAUGGGCCUCCAAUGAUUGCUGUGUCUACAUCAAAGCCGACCACCAUCAUCAAUCGAACUGCCAGGCCUUUUUUCUCCCCUCUGACGGUACAGUCUCAAGAAGCGGCCAAUGCUGAAAUGGACAAUGUCCCUACUCGUUCCGCAUUCAAUGCUUCCCGCCCAGUUGCAGUUUCAACUCCACCUCCUCCAACAUAUCCCACACCUGCCCUACCAGCCUUUACAAACAAGCCACCAAAGAAGGAUGACUUCAGUCCACCUGUGACACCUCCCACUUCUCUUCCACCACCUCCUAACAUUCAUACAUCUCAGAAUGCUGCUUCACCCCUACCCCAUUAUGGACCACCAACAGCUCCAAAGCCUACAUUUGUUCCCCAGCCUUUUGUGGAAAGUAGGUCAACACCACCGAUAAAGACCGGAUUGCUUGAGGAUAGUGCUGCCAAACGACCGGGUAAAAAGUCGAUGUUCACUUUCAAAGAGAAGAAAGUUGUAGCUCCAAAUCCCGAGCUGCUUUCUUUAGUGCAAGGGGUGGAUGAAAAGAAGAAAAUGAGGCAAAGAUCUCUGCCUGAACCCACAUCUGAGGAGGAGUUACUAGCUCUGGGUGCGGAGGCAUCCAACUUUCUGACCAAAGAGGAAGACAGAGCUGAAGAAGCCAAAGUCCCAGAGUGGACAUCAUGUCUUAAGAGCUCUAGAACCUAUACAAGAGUAGAACAUAAACCAGAACAGACCCUCAAUGAUGCAUCAGGCAAGGGUGCAGAGCUUUUCGCCAAGCGCAGAUCCAGAAUGGAGAAAUACGUAGUAGAGAAUCAAAAUAUAGGUCAUCAUAUUCGAUCUCCUUCUCCAACAAUGUCUUUGCCACCAUCUUGGGUUUACCCAUCAAACAUGCCAGGUAGGGUCAAAGCUAUGGCUAAAAACUCUGACAUGUGUGCUCAACUUGCUGAAAACAUGAAAGCCCAACAAACCACCAAGCCAAAACCAAGACAAACAAUGCAACCAACUCAAGUUGAAGAGACACCUCCUCUUGAGAAUGGUUGCUCCAAGAUAGAGAUGGACCUGUCAAGACACCGACCUUACCAGCUUAACUCGUCCCUCUUCAUCCUGAAACCAGUCAAGGAUCCGUUAAGUACUCUACCCAAAGGAGCACCACAAGCCAAAAACCAGAUGCCCCCUCAGUCUUUUUCUAGACACAAUUCCUUACCUAAAAACCCUGCCUCUCUCUUUCAAACCCAGUGUCAAUCUCCUCAGAUUCCUAACAGCGGCAUCACAAGAGUAGAGUAUCCACCAAGUCCAGCUUGUGGUCAGCCAUCAACUGUUUUUUCUCCAGCCCGUGUAUCAUCCCACCGGCCUGGGGUUCAGGCACCGAGGCCAAGAUUUUCUGCCAAGCAAGCAGGAAUUGAAACACAGGUGUGGAGGCCUUUUAUCUUUUAA